CGUAUUUUCUCGUCGUGACUCGUUUUCUGCCAUGUGCCUCUGUUUAAUACAAUUUCCUUUUAAUUGUAAACUUCACAUACAAAACAUCGAUGAAAGUAGGAAACGUAAAAUAUCAUCGAAAUGUGGGUGAUCUCUAGAAGUUUGAUUUUUUUAUUCACUGUGAGUUAGCUUGGUAUUAAGGAAAAUGGAAAAUGUAACAAACAAGAGUCCUGGUUCCGUGGAUUACAAUGAAUUUGAAGAGGAUGGAAACGACAGCGAUUUGGAGGGAAGACUUUACGCCGAGAUUUAUUAUUCCAACCAAAAUUACGACCCUGAUGAAAAUUUCGAGAGUAGUAUAAAAAAUAUCCAAGAUAUUAAAAAUGCGUGCAGUGCCAGUAACGAAACGAAUUCUAAGUAUAUUCAAAAUAACCCAAUAGAAUUAAAAAAUGCCGACAAUCCGACCAAUUCUAGUGACAAAAAUUGUACUCCCACCAAGGAGCAAAAUGACUUAGUAUCAGCAGAAAAUGAGAAGGUGUCGAGUAAUGUUGACAAGAAUUUAAAUUUACAAAAGCAAGUAAAUUUAGAAACACAAUCUAACAGUAUUCUAAGGGAAUGCUCCAACGAAAUCGUUGAUGAAUACGUAAACUCGCAAGAGACUCCGGAUAAAAAUCGCACACCGAAACAAAAAACACCCAAACAGAAGAAGAAUCAAACUCCUAAGAUAAUGAAUGAAGAAACUGAAUAUUCUUCUCCUCAAAACCUAACAAAAGCAGCGAAAUCUGCUAAUAAAAAAAAGAAAAAGUCAGAUGGAUUUCCUCAGAUUUUAAAUAAUUCGCUAACCACCCCUAAUUCCAGGAAAAGAACUUUGGGAUUUGAUAAAAUUGGUGGAGGUAGUAGCAAAAGAAGAAGUCUCGAAUCUGAUAAAAGUCUUGUAAACAGUGCAUCUAAGAGUGGAAAUGGGAAAACGGAUGGAGCUACGUUAGUGCCCGUUUCAUUGAAUAGCAGGAAGUCCUCCGGUGAUGCUAAUAUUUCAACGCUAAUUAGUCCAGCAACUAUGGCCAUUCUCUUUCCGCCAGUUUCGACAGCAAAGAAACUUACGAAGGGAAGGAAAAACAAGAAAGAACAGACCCAGACAAAAAGUAUAGCAGCAAAUCUCAAUGACAAUUCGAAACAAUCCAAAAAGGCUGAGAAAUCAAUCCAGGAGGAGGAGGAAAUCAUCGAAAUCAUCUCGACAGAUUCUUCCAAUGAUUCUUCGGAGGAGGAUCUUCCGAUUGUAGAAACCCCGAAAGCCGUGAGACAAAAGCAGAAUGAGGAAUCUGAAAAGGGAAUGCCGAUGUGGCUAGACAUUUCUUCUGAUUCUGAUUCAGAAGAAUCUAUUUUCGAAGUUCCGGUACCGCCAAAACCACCUCCUCCAAUCAUUGAUUUGAAUGACUCAGAACAUUUUUCUUCUGAUAGUGAUGACAGCAGUAGUGACGGAAUUCAUGAUUUGAAUUCCAAAUCUCAAACGAAAAAUGUUACUUUUUCGUGCUCUACAUCUGAUUCUGAAGAUUCAUCUGGCUCAGAAAAUAAUUCUAGAGUUACAAAAAAAACUAAGGUGGAUUCUGCAGAAAGCUCUACCGAGAAUUAUAGAUCUCGACUGUUUUCUGAACAGUCGAUUCCUACAGAUGGAGAAAGUUCGAAAGAUAAUUGUACAGUUGCUAAUGAAACUCGUGAGAUAAUUUCUGUAAGUAAUUCGGCGGAAAAUUCUGAUGGGAAUACAAGAUCUCGACUUGCUUCUGAGCAGUCGAAUCCUACAGAUGAGGCUUCAGAUUCUAGUUACUCUGAUUUUCCAGAGCAUGAAAAAGUGGAUUCAAUUGGAGAAAACCUGAUUUUGAACUGCACUCAAGUUCAGAAAGGUGCUAAGAGUUUGGAAGAGAUCAAGAAAAUUAGACAAGUUGCUGUCUCGGCAGAAGUAGGGGGAAGGGAAAAUAUAUCUGCAACUGAGUAUCACGAGUACGUUGAGCCACUGAAUGAUCUUGCUGGACCAAGUACUUCUAAGGCUUCUGGAUCGGUUUCAAAAAAGAAGUCGCGUAAAACGAAAGAGAGUGAGAAGUCCCGAAAAAGUAGUAAGGAGAAAACUGACGAAGAAUACUUCUUUGAGCCGAUGUUGGACAAAAUUAAGGCGUUUUACAAUGACUCUUGGGGUGGCGAGGAAUUUAGCGUGGAAGAAACCCAAAAUACGAUGCGAAAGGAUCCGAGAUGUUGGGCAAUUUUGGACGAGGAUUGGAAGCCGAGUUUGAAACGACAAAGAUACUUCCUGAAUAAAACAAAAUGCACUCUUUGUCGGCAAUCGGGUCACCUGCGGGCAAAUUGUACAGAACCCAAGAAAGGACCUAUAUGCCACAUGUGUGGAGUAAAAGGACAUUAUGAAACCAGAUGCCCUCAUAAAGUUUGCCUCACGUGUGGAACAAAGCAAAAUACUUUUAGGCAGACAUGUGAAACGUGUAGCAAGUUAACUUGCACACUUUGUCGCUCUCGUGGUCACAAAAAAGAUUCCUGUCCUGAUCAUUGGAGGCAGUAUCACCAUACUACUACCGAAGAAAACCACCACCCGCCAACGCAAGCAAUCGAGGUCAUGAAAUCAUCAAGUUCUCUCUUUUGUUGCAACUGCACGAUGCGAGGACACGAAUCAUCUACGUGUAACAAAUAUCGUUGGUCGCAACACUAUGCUACACCCCCUCACAUCACGAAUUACAACAAAUGUGAUCGGAUGUUGCCUAUCAGUAGUCCCAACCCCGUAGAAGUUGUAGAUUUUACUGAAUCUCCGGGUAAUUCGUCCCGAAAUUCGCUUAAUAACACCGAGUUUGAAAACAUUAGUUAUGAAGAGAUGUUUCUAUCUCCAACAAAAGAUUAUUCGUCCUCGACAACCUCAAAUUUCGAAACUAAUCCAGGCAAAAUACUUUUCGAACUCAAGUAUAAUAAAAUAAAAAUGAAACGGUACGGACAGUGGGGACAUAAAGUCAAAAUAAGAAAGCCUUCAAGCAAAACUCAAAGUCAGAUUGUUCUGAGUGAUUUGAAGGAUGCAAAACUAGAAGGAUUAAUCGCAGGAACUUUUAAGCCUAAACAUUUCGACAAACUGUGUUUAAUCGUGGUUUGUGAUUUUCGCAUUGAGCUUGUCUACGGUAAAAAGGUGGUCGUGAAUAUAAACCAUUAUCAAAAUUCUAUCAAAAAUUCUUUUUUUAAGAAAAUAAUUUGCUUCUGGGCGCGACUUUCGGAUGAAGAUAAGUUAAAUAUAAGAUUCAAUUUGCCAAGGAUAAAAGAGGGUCUAGUUCGUAGGUUGGACAAAUCGUUUAAAACGUUUGAAGAGCUAUCGGGCGAUGUAGAAAUGAUUUACGAAACAGCAGAAUCUUUAUCGAUUGAGUUAGAAAAGAGCGUGAGAAUUAUUUCGAAAAAAAAUAAAAGACUAAUUCGUCUUAUUCGAGACCGAGGCGAUACAAUGAGAAUACUCUCGCAAUUACUAUUCAAAAACAACUGCGCUCUGGAGAAGGAUGCUCUUCCAAAUCUUCGGAAACUGCAUACAAAUUUGCUGGAAAAUAGUGGCCUAUAUACUGCACGUGUUUCUCACGACAUAUAUAUUCAGAUAUAUUACUAUUACACUUUGAUUUUUGGCCGGUCGCGACACCCGAAUUUAGAUGAGAUGGUAAAAAAGUACGUGGCUUUGAAGAAAGGCAGUCCAAACACAUCGAUUGGUAAUUCGGUUUUGAGUGAGAAUUUAGAGGCUGCUAUUGCAGAGUGUAGUAGUGAAGAUUUGGAUCAACAACAGCAUUUUGAUCCAGAGUAUGAUAAUGAAGAGCAUGUUGAUCAACAUGUUGAUAUUGUUGAUCAAGAUUAUGUUGACCAAAAUAAUGUUCUUCAAGAUCCAGUUACACCAAGAAGAAGUUUACAUCAAAAACCUUCUCCAUCUAUUCCUCCUUUAUUAGAAAACAGUCCAUUCAAUAUUCCUCAACAAUUUUACCCCGAACAAUUGGGUUACCCUUCACCGGGUUGCAGCAACACUCCACAAACACGACCCAGUCAGUUUGAAUUGCCCGUCGACGAAUUCAUCCCGAUAUCUAAUUAUCAGCUGCGUGAAUUUCCUGAACCGAGUCCGCACUUUAAUAAUAGAAGAAGAGAUCCCAGAGAGUACGGGAGAAAUCCAAUGCACAGUUUUAAAACGUUCAAUCCUAGGGCUCCGCAAACACCCGACAGGCUCGUCAGCGAAGCUUCUUAUCUUAUGAAUAGAGCUCUUCAGUUCAAUCUACCACAUUUACAAAAAGCGGGGAUUCAAUUGGGGGAGUUGAUUAAUCAAAAUAGGGUCCAGUGGAAGCAUAUUCAUCAUUACAGGACUAUGAUUAAUUCGCAACAUCCAAGGGGUUUCAGGUAAUCCUUGACAAAUUUUAUGGUUGUUGUUUUCUACUUGAGUAUAGUAACAAUUUGUGAUUUAGAUGAACUGGUGAGCCUUCUCUUUAAAUUUGUUUCCGGGAUUUGUACAGUAAAUUUUAUUGGACUGAAUCGUUCAUCAAUCUUCAAAUUCCUUUUUUUUAUGCCUUUUUAUGAUAAGUGUUUUGUGAUUUCUUGAGAAUUGAGAACUUACGUGGAAGGAAUAGAAAACAAAAUAUUGUCUGUAAUUGAUUCGUGAAAGUGCCAGAAAUGAUCACUGAUGAAGAAACCGAUAUAAAUUCGUAUUGAUACGAUUGAUGUUUCUGUCUUGAAUUAUUUAAUUUUAAUGAAUAAAGUAAUUUGUAAUACAUAAUUUUCUGUUUGUGUUAAAUUGUUUCAAAUGAUAGUAAUUAUAUUAUUUUUAGAAAUCGGUCAACAAGUGCAGGGUUUAUGUAUUUCAAACUUCAAACUCUUUUCCCCCUUUUUUUAAGAGGGUGUCCAGCGACCUUGAAACUCUUGAAAAUCUAUAAUUCUCCUAGAAUCCAUUUAAAACCUUAGAAAAUUGGAAAUCUCCUUGAUUUUCUUACGUGAACCUUAUUGAAUUU